AUGGAAAAUAAAAAAUACACACGAGAAGAAUUUUUAGAUUUAGCAAACGAGAGAUUGCUUCAGAAUCUAAGUGAAUAUAACCGCGAAUACAAAGCUAACGCGAGAAACUUCGCAGGUCAAAACUUGUUGAACGGAGUAGGAGGUUCAGAAUUGAUUAGUAAAUCGGUUGAAAUGGAUUCUAACAGUUCUAGAGAGCUAGUACGAUACCAUUCUGUGGUGGAGUUGGAUGAAAUUGAUGAUGAAUUCGACAGCUGCAAGGGUUCAACAGAAAACGUUGCCCAGCGACCUAAAAUUGGUUGGAUGCUAACUCAACCGCCAGAGAAGCCUACAGCCCCCGCUUUACCAGGUCCAAUACCGAUUGUCAAUUCACCGAACCGGCAAGAUGUACAGAACACGGAGCUCUCUAACUUUGUUCAGAAGAAAUCAAUCGCUCAGGGUAUGAUGGAUCUGGCCUUGGUAUCGGCAAACACCAACCAACUCCGCUACGUGAUAGACAUCGGCCAGAGACAUCCGUAUUUCUACACAAGUAUUGCCCUAAUCAUCACAAGUUUAGUGAUGCAGUUAAUUGUUGGCCUCGCACUGAUCUACAACAGCAGGUUUAACAUAAGAAAGAAGCGAGAGAUGCAAUCUGCUGAUCGUAUCAACGACUUGUCCGUGAUCGGCGUGUUUUUGAUCACACUCGUCAACGUAUUUAUCUCGACGUUCAACGGAUCAAACUCCGGGCCUUACUCCGCGGAUCUCACGUCAGGGAAUGCCACGAUUCACAUACCGGAUAUAGACACGCACGGAACCAUUUCCGAUAAUUUUACUAGCGGUGGUGAUGGAAUAUGA